GGGACCUCCUCCAUCUGCCUAUACGCAGCCAGACUCGCCUGUGGCAAGUAUUGCAUCAAGGACCGCCGGGUCUCCACUUGUCGUAAAUUCACCUCGAAGCCCCAGACAUCCCAAUCUACCUCCGUUUAUGCGCUCGCUCUCUCAUGCCGCACCGGUCUUACGCCGCGUGUUAUCACGUUCUCGGGCCGGGACAAUCAAUCUAGACGAGUCCCCAACGCAAAUGACUGGCAAUUCCUUGGGAGCAGCGACUGUACCGGAUGGGGCACCAGCUACCGCAGUCAAAGGAGGACCUGCAGAACAGGAGGAUCCGAACCGAGGAAGACCAGCCCUUCCCCACCGCCUCACAUCUGGAUCGGCAGAUGAGUCGUCCGUCGUCAAAUUGACCACACAUGUCCGUACGAACUCUCAGCCAUCGCCUUCCAAGACGAGCGAAGAGCAAGCAGGCUCUUCACCCACCGAGCGUGCACCAGAGGGCGGAGCGACACGGCCAGUUAAUUUGACGACGACGAAACAACGUGCAGCAACAGCAUCUACAGUGGGAACGGGAACUACGACAUCAUCUAGCAGCAAAGCGUCUCCGAUCAAAAGGGUCACACGAAUUGAGGAACCCCCACUUGAAGCUCGGCAUCAUGCGCACCGAAACUUGACCACCUCCUACCAAGAGGCUAGAGCGGUCGCGAAGCGUUUGGGGGCCAGUGGCUAUAUGGAAUGUUCCGCGUUGACUCUUGUAAACGUGGUAAAAGUCUUUGAUGAGGCA